CGUUAGGAAAUAAUUAAAAUGGCCGGAGUACAUUUUGGAAUUUUGACGAUGUUUGACCACAGUGUUCAGACUUGGCAAACUUAUAAAAGCCGCGUUAAACAAUAUUUUGUUGCAAACGAUAUUGACGCGAAAGAAGAUCCAAAGGGCAAUAAGAGGAGAGCGAUCCUUCUCAGCGCACUCGCCGAAAGUAUCUACAAAUUGGUAGCAGAUUUAGCACUUCCGAAAGCAAUUGAAGACGUACCAUACGAAGGCAUAUUGUCUCUCCUAGACGAACAUUUCACACCGAAGCGUGUUGGAUUUGCGGAAAGGCAUAACUUCUAUGCAGCUGUUCAACAAUCUGGAGAGACACACACACAAUGGGCAGCGAGGUUACGUGGAAUGUCAGCCCACUGUAACUUCAAAAAUAUUGAAGAAACUCUUCGCGAUAAAUUUAUUAUGGGGAUGCAGCCUGGCCCAGAAAAAGAAAAGAUCUACGCUCACGAUUUAACGGAAUUACCAUUAGCUAAGGCUGUGGAGUUAGCAGAAAAUUUACGAUGCGCUCGCGCUGCAGCCGCGACCAGUUCGUACACCGCCUCUGCUGGCGUCAGCACAGCGUCCGGCAGCGAAUUAUAUAAAAUGUCGAAAAAAUAUAAAAGUUUUAAUUCUGAAAAAGUGAACUGUGCUACCUGUGGUUAUACGAACCAUAAAACGUCGGAGUGCAGAUUUGCAAAUUAUGUGUGUAAAAAGUGUAACAAAAAAGGUCAUUUAAAAAAAAUGUGCACAAAAGUGAAUUUUGUUUACGCCGACGGCGGUGAUAAUGGUGACGAUGACGAUGGUAAGCUUUUUUAUAUCCGUUCCUUAAGGGGGGAACCCAUGAUGGAAACCAUAACAAUUAACAAAUUAGAAUAUGAAUUUGAAAUUGACAGCGGUUCCGCUGUGACUGUGAUUUCCGAAAGUUACUACAAAACUCAUUUCAUAGAUGUGCCAUUAUCGAAUACGUGUAAACAACUGACGACUUAUAACGGUAAAAAUAUAAUUUGUAUAGGUACAGUUCGGAUGCCCGUUUCUUACGUUGGAAUAACAUGCGAUUUAGAUUUUUACGUAGUCCAGGACGGUGGCCCACCGCUUUUAGGCAGAGAUUUUAUUUCGCUUUUUAAAUUACAGUUAACACCUGUAAAUUAUUGUCAGGAAACGGAUUUGCUACUUAACAACUUCAAAGAACAAUAUAAAGAUUUAUUUUCUGAUAGACUGGGAACGUUCAAUAAAUAUAAAAUAAAGUUGUCAAUAAAGGAUAACUCGUUUCCAGUAUUUUUUAAGGCACGGCCCGUCGCAUUCGCAUUACGGGACAUGGUCGGAAAAGAAAUUGACAGAUUGGUAAAUUUAGGUAUUCUGGUACCCGUUGAGUUUUCAGAGUACGCAUCACCGGUGGUACCAGUUCUAAAGCGUAAUGGUACGGUCAGAUUGUGUGUCGAUUACUCCGUUAGUCUGAACAAACAGUUACUCGUUGAACAAUAUCCUUUACCGACGGUAAACGAGUUAUUUUCUAAACUUCACGAGGGUCAACAAUUUUCUAAGCUCGAUUUGUCUAUGGCCUAUAACCAGUUUGUUCUUGACGAAGAAUCACAAAAGUUAACUUGCAUAAAUACUCACCGCGGCCUAUUUAAGUACACCCGCUUAGUGUUUGGCUUAGCCAGCGCGCCGGCGAUUUUCCAGCGCGCAAUGGAAUGUAUUUUGUCAGGGAUGGAUGGUGUCCUAUGCCUAUUAGACGAUGUGCUUGUAACUGGCAAGGACAGAACAGAGCAUUUGGAAAGGCUCCAUGCGGUGUUAAAACGGUUACAAGGAGCCGGACUAACAUUGCAACGUGAAAAAUGCGAAUUUUUCAAAGAUAAAGUCAGUUAUUUGGGUUAUGUCAUUACGAAAGAUGGACUGAAAAAGUCCCCAGAAAAAAUUAAAGCAAUGGUGGAAGCACCACUCCCUACGAAUAUUAACCAAUUACAAUCAUUCCUGGGAUUGGUUAACUAUUAUAGGAAUUUUGUACCCAAUGCUUCUACCGUCCUAAGUCCUUUAUACGACUUAUUAAAGAAAGGAUCAAAAUGGAAUUGGACGGAUGAGCAUAAUUCAGCAUUUAUAAAAGUCAAAGAAUUGUUAGCUUCCGAACAAGUACUAGCGCAUUAUAAACCAAGCGCUAAGUUAAUACUAACAGUAGAUGCUUCACCUAGUGGCCUCGGUGCAAUUCUUUCACAAGUAGAUUCAGACGGAGUAGAAAGACCAAUAGCGUUUGCUUCUAGAACACUAAAUGUCGCAGAAAAACGAUAUGCACAAAUACAAAAGGAAGCGACCGCAAUUAUUUACGGUGUGAGGCGCUUUCAUCAGUAUUUGUACGGUAGGUGCAAACCGUUUACUCUAAGAACCGAUCAUAAGCCACUCAUAUCAAUUUUUGGACCAUAUAAAGGCAUUCCGGAAGUGUCCGCCAAUAGGUUACAAAGAUAUGCCUUGUUCCUAAGUGGCUAUAACUACACCAUUGAAUAUAUCAGAAGUGCCGAUAAUAGUGCAGAUUUUUUCUCUCGCGCAAGCCUGCCCACCCCACCAACUACUGCGCCUGACUGUAUCGAGUGCGCUUGUACCGAACAAUGCAGCGACGGCGAGGUGGAGCAAACGUGUGAUCGGGCGAGUUACGUUUGCUUCGUGUUUGAUAACAGCGCGCCGGUUACUUUAGUUAAAUUGCGGGAAGAAACUAAAAGUGAUAUAGUUUUGAAUCAAGUAGCAAAAUACAUUAUGAAUGGUUGGCCCCAAAAAAAUGCUAAUAUGCAAUUGAAACCGUUUUAUCUCUGCAGAUCACAGUUGUCGUACGAAAAUGGUUGCAUAAUGCGAGGACACAAAGUAGUUGUACCUGAGAGUUUAUAUGACAAAAUUUUAAAGGAACUACAUUCCUCGCACUUAGGUAUUGUAAAAACAAAGGCUGAAGCUAGGUCAAGGGUUUGGUUUCCUGGAAUUGAUCAAGCAUUAGAAAGGUUAAUAAAUUCUUGUGAAAUAUGUAUACAAUUGCGCCCUUCACCCCCCCGUGCUCCAAUCGCAUUUUGGGAGUCACCAUGUAAUCCAUUUAUUAGAUUACACAUUGAUUUUCUGGGACCAAUAAGCGGUUGUACAUACUUGGUUGUAGUAGACGCUCACACAAAAUGGGUUGAAGUGUACAAUAUGCACAACUCAACAGGUUCUAGUGCAGUUAUAGAAAAAAUAUGCGAUUUCAUGUCGAGGUUCGGGGUGCCGAAGACCUUGGUAAGCGAUAAUGGCACAGCUUUUUGUUCAUUAGAAUUUAAUAGAUUUUGUGAAAGUAACGGAAUAUCCCAUGUCACAACACCGGUUUACCACCCAGCCAGCAAUGGCCAGGCAGAAAGUUAUGUUAAAGUUGUAAAAAAGGGUAUUAAAUCGUGCCUUCUAUCGUGUCGAACAGCAAAAGAAACAAAGUUAAAAUUGCUUAAAUACCUCAUGGAUUAUCGUAAUUCCAUUCAUAGUACGACACGGUAUUCACCAGCACAAAUGGUUUUCGGUCGUAAACUUAGGACGCGGCUAGACUUGAUUAACCCCAAGUCAUCGUCAUUUUUGUCACCCUCCGUAACCGGUAAUGUGAAAAAUAAACAGUAUACGCACAAUAACUCUGUACGAAAAAAUAAAACAAAAUAUUUUGAAAAAGACAAUAUUGUAUUGUAUAAAAAAUUUGUAAACAAAAACAAUUACAAAUGGGUAAAAGGUAUUAUUAUUAAGAGAUUGGGAACAGUGAUGUAUUUAAUAAAAGACUAUAUUAAUUUAGAGUGUGUCAAAAGACACAAAAAUCAAGUAGUGUUAUACAAAGGGACAAGUAACAAUCCACUACACUAUGAGAAAAGAAGCAUGUACUUACCGGAGUCGAGUAUUACGCCGCCACAGUCGCGGCCACAAUCGCCGCUACAAUCGCCGCCCACUCCGUCGUCGCCGCAUUCAUUGUUGCAAGUCUCGCCACAAUUUCACUCAACACCAUUAAUUGACCGACACGGUUCGACCAGAGGGAGAAGAGCCGAGAUGUAUGAGCCUCAUACUUCUACGCUAAUGACAUUAGACGGGAGCGAGAAUACUAUGCAUCCAACACGGAGGAGCGUCGACGAAAAAGACGCAGCUGAACAGGGGCACCUUGAUUCCCACGCUGAGUACCAGGAUGCAGAUAAUGAAUCAAUAGGCCAAACAGAGACUUCACGCAGUUCACCGGUCGAUGAACCGAUGAGAUUGUUACGCAAGCGUCCCACCAUUAAUUACAAGAAAUAUUUCUAGAUUCGCCUUUUUAUUAGAAUUAAGUAUCAUUGUAGUUGUCACUAGAGGGAGAAUAUGUUAUAUAUGUAAAUAUGCAUGCAUCGUGUGGCUGCGUCCACCGCUUAAACAAACAGCGAAUAAACCAGUGCGUUACGAGCAAGCGGUCGUUUCACUCG